UGGCUCCCGGCGCGCGGCUGUGGGGUCGCCCCGGGCAGAGCGAGCUGAACCCUGAGGGGAGCCGCUGACCAGCUGCAUGGAGGACCUCGCCGCGCCUGGGAACGGAGUCCCGCCAGCCAGUGGCAAUGGCAACGGCAGCGGCAAAGGGAAGCAGGCGGCGCCCAAGGGCCGCGAAGCGUUCCGAAGCCAGCGGCGGGAGUCAGAGGGCUCUGUAGACUGUCCCACUCUGGAGUUCGAGUAUGGAGAUGCAGAUGGGCAUGCAGCAGAGUUGUCAGAAUUGUAUAGUUACACUGAGAGCCUGGAAUUCACCAAUAACAGGAGAUGCUUUGAAGAAGAUUUCAAGACUCAAGUGCAGGGCAAGGAAUGGCUGGAGUUAGGAGAAGAUGCCCAAAAGGCCUAUAUAAUGGGACUCUUGGACCGGCUGGAGGUGGUCAGUAGGGAACAGCGACUGAAGGUGGCCCGGGCUGUUCUCUACCUGGCCCAAGGUACUUUUGGUGAAUGUGAUUCAGAGGUCGAUGUGCUACACUGGUCCAGGUACAACUGCUUCCUGCUGUAUCAGAUGGGGACCUUCUCCACCUUCCUGGAGCUACUCCACAUGGAAAUUGACAACAGCCAGGCCUGUAGCAGUGCCCUUCGGAAACCAGCUGUCUCCAUAGCUGACAGCACAGAGCUCCGGGUGCUGCUGAGUGUUAUGUACCUAAUGGUGGAAAAUAUUCGCCUGGAGCGAGAGACAGACCCCUGUGGGUGGAGGACAGCCCGGGAGACCUUCCGCACUGAAUUAAGCUUCUUCAUGCAUAAUGAGGAGCCUUUUGCCCUUCUACUCUUCUCCAUGGUUACCAAGUUCUGCAGUGGCCUGGCUCCUCACUUCCCCAUAAAGAAGGUCCUGCUCCUGCUCUGGAAGGUGGUCAUGUUUACCCUCGGUGGAUUUGAGCAUCUGCAGACUCUCAAAGUACAGAAGCGGGCAGAAUUGGGCCUGCCUCCACUGGCUGAAGACAGUAUCCAGGUGGUGAAGAGCAUGCGUGCUGCCUCCCCGCCUUCUUACACCCUUGACCUGGGGGAAUCUCAGCUGGCACCCCCACCCUCCAAGCUGCGAGGCCGCCGUGGCUCUCGAAGGCAACUCCUCACUAAGCAGGACAGCCUGGAUAUCUACAAUGAAAGGGAUCUCUUCAAGACUGAGGAGCCAGCCGCAGAGGAGGAAGAGGAGUCUGCUGGUGAUGGAGAAAGAACCUUGGAUGGAGAGUUAGACCUGCUAGAGCAGGACCCUCUGGUGCCACCUCCACCCUCACAGGCACCCCUCUCUGCUGAGCGGGUGGCUUUUCCCAAGGGCCUGCCCUGGGCCCCAAAGGUCAGACAGAAGGACAUUGAGCACUUCUUGGAGAUGAGCAGGAACAAGUUCAUCGGAUUCACCUUGGGCCAGGACACAGAUACAUUGGUUGGAUUACCCAGGCCCAUCCAUGAGAGUGUGAAGACCCUAAAACAGCACAAGUAUAUCUCCAUCGCAGAUGUGCAGAUCAAGAAUGAAGAGGAGCUGGAGAAAUGCCCUAUGUCUUUGGGGGAAGAGGUGGUACCAGAGACGCCAUGUGAAAUCCUCUACCAGGGAAUGCUGUACAGCCUCCCGCAGUAUAUGAUCGCUCUGCUUAAGAUUCUGCUGGCUGCAGCUCCCACCUCCAAGGCUAAGACAGAUUCUAUCAAUAUCCUGGCAGAUGUCCUACCUGAGGAGAUGCCCAUCACUGUUCUCCAGAGCAUGAAGCUGGGCAUCGACGUGAACAGGCACAAGGAGAUUAUUGUAAAGAGUAUCUCUACCCUGCUUUUGCUACUCCUCAAACACUUCAAACUCAACCAUAUCUACCAGUUUGAAUAUGUAUCGCAACAUUUGGUAUUUGCCAACUGCAUCCCCUUGAUCCUGAAGUUCUUCAAUCAAAAUAUCUUGUCAUACAUCACUGCCAAAAACAGCAUCUCAGUCUUGGAUUACCCAUGCUGUACCAUCCAGGAUUUGCCGGAGCUUACUACCGAAAGUCUGGAAGCUGGAGACAACAGCCAGUUCUGCUGGAGGAACCUCUUUUCCUGCAUCAACCUCCUGAGGCUGCUCAAUAAACUGACCAAAUGGAAACAUUCCAGGACCAUGAUGUUGGUAGUGUUUAAAUCGGCACCGAUCUUAAAGCGGGCCCUCAAGGUCAAACAGGCCAUGCUGCAACUUUAUGUCCUAAAGCUGCUAAAGAUACAGACCAAGUACCUGGGGCGUCAGUGGAGGAAAAGCAACAUGAAAACCAUGUCAGCCAUUUACCAGAAAGUGCGCCACCGCAUGAAUGAUGACUGGGCUUAUGGGAAUGACAUCGAUGCCAGGCCAUGGGAUUUCCAAGCAGAAGAAUGUACCUUGAGGGCCAACAUUGAGGCUUUUAACAGCCGUCGGUAUGACAGACACCAGGACUCUGAAUUUUCACCUGUGGAUAACUGCUUGCAGAGUGUGCUGGGGCAGAGGUUGGAUCUGCCUGAAGAUUUCCACUAUUCAUAUGAGCUCUGGCUCGAGAGAGAGGUGUUUUCACAGCCCAUCUGUUGGGAGGAGCUGCUCCAGAAUCACUGACUAACCUCUUGUCAACAAGCAUCAAUAGAUGGAGGUUGGCUCCAAUAAAUGGUGCUCUGCCUACCCUGUCCAUACAGACUUUGUUUCCAGUUCUAGGAAUGCUUGUCACAGGGAGAUCAGCCUAAGAACAUCCAGUAUAGUUCAGGGCUCUUCUUGGGGCUGUUGGACCUAGAGAUGGUGCAAGGGUAGGAUCCUGAAUCACAACAAAAUGAUCAACUUACCCUGAGGUCAGUUUGGUGCCCAGUUGGCCUUGGAAAUCUUUUGUGGAUCAAUCCUAGACAAGCUCUUUGGUGGGACCUCUUCCUGGUCUAGUCUUGACUAGAACCAGGCUAGACUUUGCUGGCUUUAAAGAGGAAAUUUGUUAUGGCAUUUAACCCAUGGCAUUUGUCACAGAUAGUGGGAGGUACAAGUUAUAAAAUAGGGAGAAAGUUUUCUUCUUGCUCACCCUGGAUUCCUAGGACUUAUCAGAGGUUUGGAAAAACCAACUUUGAAAUUAAGUUUGCAUUUUGAAUUUCAAAUUUGGACAACCUCUUUCUAAAAUCAUUAGCUCUAAGAUUAUUUUAGAGCACCUGCACCUUCUUUGUGAAGGAUGAUGAUUUACUAUUCCCUCAAUACUGCAUGUUAUAGAAAAGUAUGUCGUGAAAAGUGUUUUUUUUCCCUUAUUCUGUAAGAGAUCUAUAUUCAAUGUGGAAAUUAUUUCCUUCUGUACUCUGUAUAGGGCAUGGAAUGCUCUGCCAUUUUUAAAGCACCACAACCAAUAUGAAAUAAUCAGGCCCUCUCUAAGGAUGUUUCGUAUUUUUCUUAAAUGACUCCAGUCUCAAAAUGGCUGAGUACAUUGCAGAAAAUUAUCCUUUUCAUUCUAUUCACUUUUUAAAUGACAAGUUAACUAUAGGAGGUUUUAUUUAUUCAGAUGGUAUGUCCACUUGUGCUCAUGAUCAAUAUAUUUUUCUAAUUGAAAAGAACAGUAAGAGCUUCACAGCUUACCAUUUUUCUUUUUCUCCAGUGUUAAUUAAUGAUUUUUCCCCUUUUAUUGCCAGCAGUUUCAAAGUAUCAUGUGGAGAUUUAAGCAAUACUGCUUCUACCUAAAAGUAUUGCACAUUUCAUUGAAAAUAUAAGAGUUGAUGUACCAGCCUCUUUAUAUUUCUCUUUUACAGCAGGACCACAUACUUCUCAAGAUAAACAAGGUUUUUAGAAAAGCUUCUGAUUUAGUUAGGAUCAUAUUAUUUCUCUUCUGGCCCCACAAUUAUACCGUCUGUAUCCUCAAGCUUUUUUUUUUUUUUUUUUUGAGAUG